AUGGCAUACACCCAGAAUGACCUGAUUCGGUCCUAUAUUGAUGAUGUAGUGCCCCAUACACUUGAGGCUAUUGUCGAGCAUAUGUGGUUGAACAUACUCAGCUUUUACUUCCCGUCAACCCGGAGGUUCGGGAUUGAGCGAGAGGCUUCCAUUAGCCCGAGAUCCGAACAGCGAGCAAACGUUUGUUUGACAAAGCUUCCACAACGGCUGCUGGCGAACGAUCCAGCUCCAAAGCGAGUGACUGUGAUCAUGAUCGAGAACAAGUGCUGCCCUAUCACAUCUAGACAUCCGGCUGCCUCCCUCUCGCCCCCUCCCCCUUCACAGCCGAAUGCCCCCUCAUCUAGUCGACCUCGUGAAACCACUUGGAGGAGUGCCAAAAUUCAGCUGACUAACUACAUGAUCAAUGUUCGUAAUACUCAGCAUGUGGAGUAUCCAUACGACCUAUACGGGAUAGUCGGAAUUGGUCACCAAGGAGCCAAGAAACAUAUCAUAUAA